GACGAUGACAAUGCGCUCUGCGCCGCCUAAGAUGUGAGCGGUGCUCGACUGCAUAUCGUCUCACUCCCGGAACUGUUCGGGCCCCUUGGACAAUAUCCGGAGCUCGGUCGGAUAAUUUGAGACCCAGACGGAUUAGCCUCUCUGAACCCCCAGUUUAUUUUCAACUGAAGGAAGUCUCAGGAGGGAGAGAAAGAGGGGGGGUAGAGAGAAAAAAAGAGGGAGAGAGAGAGAGAGAGAGACCUUUUAAAUGGCCGCUGAUUACUGGUCUUCAACUCAGCAUCAAUCCUGGCUGUUUGGGCGUGAAGAGUUGGCCGAGGCGAGAAAGGUCCUUGGAGAUGCCGAACGACCCUUUAUCCAGCAAUAUCCCCUUCCCGAUCUUAGGCUUUUCAAUAUUUACGUAAAUCAACAAUUAAUCAAGCUGGCGAAACGUCUCAACGUGCGGCAGCAAGCGCUAGCCACGGCUCAGGUUUACGUGAAGAGGUUUUACACCAAGGUCGAGAUCCGCCGGACGAAUCCAUAUCUGGUACUUACGACCGCAUUCUAUCUCGCCUGUAAAAUAGAAGAAUGCCCGCAGCAUAUCAGGCUUGUUUUAGGAGAAGCCAGAGGAUUAUGGCCAGAGUUCAUCGCUCCUGACAGCGCGAAGAUCGGAGAAUGCGAAUUUUGGCUCAUAUCCGAGAUGAACUCGCAAUUAAUAGUGCAUCACCCGUACCGGACCCUCUCCGAAUUGCAGAGCUACCUAUCACUAACAUCGGAUGAAAUCGCCUUGGCCUGGUCAGUGAUAAACGAUCAUUAUCUCACCGACCUGCUACUCCUUCAUCCUCCGCACGUCAUCUCCGUGAUGGCCAUUUUUAUUGCGGUCGUAUUCAAGCCAAACCAGCAUCAGGUCGUGUCCAUUUCAGGUGGUUCUUCGGCGACAGGAGCUCUGAGGGACGGGAGUACAAACAUUCUUUCUGCCUUUAAUGAUAAGACGGGAGCUGGCAUGCCAGCAAAGGUCCAGAGAAUUGUCGAUUGGUUGGCAAAUAGUGACAUCAAUAUCGAAGCGGUCAUUGAAUGCACGCAGGAUAUUGUUUCUCUUUACGAAGUAUGGGAGCAAUAUAGCGAGAAAGUCUGCAAGGAGCAGAUUGGGAGAUAUGUAAAGAGCAGAGGAUUAGAUAAAUGAGAGCUUCUGUUGGUCUCUUCCGCAGCCUGCCUUCCUUGACAAAGCUGUCCAGUUCGCCAACUUGUGUGUUGUCCGCGAGCGGUGGUUACACAGCCUUGAUGGCUAGACCACAGUUCAUUCCCGCAGCCUCGUACAGCUUUGCUGAGAAUUAGCAAAUGGUCUGGUCAAUAGUUUGCAGGAGAUGAAGUUGAAGUCUUGUCCGGUCACCCAUAGUAUAAGGGAAUUCUUUCAUCGGCCAGAUACUUCCCCCAUAUCCACUGCAAACACUGCGGAGUAACCAGAUGUUGAAAUCGUUUUGAAUCGAAGUCGAGUUAAUCAAGCUUGAAACAGAACCAGUCGAUUCAAGUUGAGGUGUGCUGGUGUCCUGCUUGCCCGGGUGAUUUGCAGCCACUCCCUCCCUCUCUGCAUGAGUUGAGAUCGAUUUGUCUACAUAGAAAGGGUGUCCAUGCAGGUGCAAACAAAGCGAGUGAGUAUGUGAUGUUUGCAGCAAGUCCCACAAGCCAAUUCACAUCAUUUAAUGGCUGAGAUGGUUGUUCGAGAAGGAUAAAGAAUUGGCAUUAUGGCUGCAGUAAUAAUUUUUAUGGAGUGGAUGAUUGAUUGUACAGGGAUCCAACACCAAUGAAUUGUACACAAACCGGGGUGUGUACUCUGUAUGCGAGGGAACAUGGGGUCAUGGAUUGGGGGGGGUGGGUGAUUGAACACCGACCCGUUGACGGACUUGCUGGCGAUCUUCCAUAGAUAGAAGCACC